UGCUCUCUGCCUUCCAACCGAUCAUGGAGGCGGCGAGACCCAGUCGUCUUGCAUUCUGUUGCGCCUCUCGCCGGCGCUGGAAGUGAAAGCCAAAGGGGGCAGCCCAGGCAGUCGAGGCGGCAUUACCACACAACACCGGUAACACCGGAAGCACCAUGGAGGCGACAAGCUCACCCUCAACCGCGACGCUCGUGGGGAGGGCCGUCGGGCUCCUCGUCGUCAUCGCACUCGCUCGCUUCUUCUACCGCCUUCAUCAGGUCCGCACCUUUGUCCGGAGGUUCCACAAAGAGCACGAUCUGGUGCGUACCCCCUGGGCCGCUGGUUGCGCGCAUCACUGAUGGCUCACGGGAUGCGCAACUCACAGGAAUGGGUCCCCCACUCGUAUCUCCUGGGCCAUCUGAUCGAGACGGGCAAGAUCAUGGCGCGGUUUCUGCGCGACAUGUACCCGCUCUGCAUCGCGACUUUGGUGCUGCAGAAGUACCCGCACCUGGAGAAGUACGGCUUCAUCGUCCUGGACGCCUGGCCCUUCGUCCUGCCCAUGAUCUACGUGUUCGACCCGGACAUGUCGUCCCAGUUCACCCAGGUGCAUUCCCUGCCCAAGUCGGACGACCUGAAGAGCGAGUUCCGCCCGCUCACCCAGAACAAGGACCUCGUCACGCUCGACGGCCAGGCCUGGAAGUUCUGGCGCAGCGUUUUCAACCCGGGCUUCUCCGUCAAGAACCUCAUUUCCCUGACCCCGGCCUUCCUCGAGGAGAUCCGCCUGUUCUCGGACCGGCUGAGGGCGGCCGCAAAGUCGGGCGAGGUGUUGAAGCUCGAGGAGCAUGCCGUCAACUUGACCAUCGACGUGAUCGGGCGCAGCAUCCUUGGGACUCGCCUGCACUGCCAGACCAGGCCGAAUCCUCUCCAAUGGGCCCUGGCCAAGCAAAUAUCGUGGCUCAUCCCUGAGCACACGCCGCCGUCGCUCCUCAAGCUGAUCAACCCGGCCCGGCCGCUGCUCAUGUGGAACUACAACCGCAUCAUCCGCAAUUACCUGCUGCCCAUCAUCCAGGAGAAAGUGGCCGCGCAAGCCCACGGCGACUUUUCCGGCAGCACCGAGACGAAGACGGUCCUCUCGCUCGCCGCCAAAGCCUACCUGGCCGAGAAACCGCAGGCAGCUACCACCUCGCGCUCCGCCCCGGUCAUCGACGAGGAGUUCAUCUCCAUGACUAUCCCGCAGCUCGUCAUUUUCCUCUUCGCAGGCCACGACACCACCGCGACGACGCUCUGCUUCGCCUACAACCUCCUCAACAAGAACCCCUCCACCCUCGCCGCCCUGCGCGCCGAGCACGACGCCGUGCUCGGGCCCAACCCCGCCGACGCGGAAUCCCGCAUCGCCGCCAACCCCCAGCUCCUCAACGCGCUCCCGUACACCGCGGCGGUCAUCAAGGAGACGCUCCGGCUGUACCCGCCGGCGGCGACGGUGCGGCAGGGCCAGCCGUCCUUCGAGCUGGUGCACCCGGCGACGGGGCGGCGCUUCGCGACGGCCGGCUUCGUGGUGCACCAGAACUCGCACGCGACGCACCACCUGCCCGCGGUGUUCCCGCGCCCGACCGAGUUCCUGCCGGAGCGCUUCCUCGCGGCCGAGGGCGAGCCGCUGCACGUGCGCCGCAACGCCUUCCGCGCCUUCGAGCUCGGCCCCCGCGGCUGCAUCGGCCAGGAGCUCGCCCAGCUCGAGCUGCGCAUGAUCCUCGCCCUGACCGCCCGCGAGUUCGACCUCGAGAUGGUCGUCCCCGACGGCCUGCCCGAGGUCUUUCGGGAGCAGGGCACGUACCCCGUCGGCAAUGUCACGGGCCAUCCGUUCGCGGGCAUGCCCGUGAGGGUGAAGAUCAGAGGGUGAUUGGAGGAGGGGAGGGAGGGUGAGAGGGGUUAUAAGGGGGUUGGGAUGUUCUGUUGCAGUUGCAUUG